GGCAGAAAAUUUUCCAGAACCGUGCUUCGGAAAGGGACAAGACUCUGAGAUGAGACUACUCAGACUUGUUCUGUUCGCUCUCCUGACAAGGGCACAGUAUCCUUCAUUCAACUUACUGGAAACGCAAGGACACACUGACACAUCUAAGAAUGGAAGGACUACAGAAGGAAGAAUCUUCACUGACAGUUCAUACCCAACUGCUUUAUGUCAAUGUGUAAUGAAACCUCCAAAGAUGGAAUACAAAGGAGAGUUGAAGUUUGUCAUAGAGGACAUCCACAGAAACCCUGAGCUGCUCCCAGGAAUCACACUGGGAUACAGGAUCUAUAACAGCUGUGGAACCAUAAACCUGCUAAGAGCAACACUGGCAGCUCUCACAGGGCUGCAGGAAAAUCAGCUAGAAAAGAGCUGUACCUUUCCUAGAGUGCAAGCCCUCAUUGGACACUCCUCAUCUGGGCCCAGUGGAGAAAUCAGAAAGAUCAUCAACCCUUUUAACACACCACUGAUAUGCCACCUUGCAACCAUUCUCAGAACAGUGCCUAGUGACUACUUUCAAAUCGUUGCACUGGUACAUCUCAUGAAACACUUUGGAUGGACGUGGGUGGGAAUGGUUUGCAGUGUGGGGACAUAUUCUGAAGAUGGAUCAGCUGCAUUUAUCAGACAAGCAAAAAAGGAGGGCAUCUGCAUGGAAUACCUUCAACGAUUCAGCAGAACUUGCUCAAAAAAUAAAACAUGUGCAAUUGCACAGACAAUAAAAAGCUCCACUUCCAAAGGUGCUUUAGCCUUCAUGUCUAAGUCAUACUUUCACCAUUUCUUAGAGAGCACGGAGGGGAUGAAUCUCACAAAUAUCCAGUGGAUCAGCAGUGAGGUCUGGAUAACAAGUGGAGAUCUAUUAACUGAGGAGAGAGCAGAGCUCCUGCAGGGAGCCAUGGGAUUUGCCAUCACUGAGUCUCACAUCCCCGGCCUGACAGAGUUCUUACUGAGUCUGCGGCCCUCUGACGCCCCUGACAGCAUAUUCCUCAGAACCUUCUGGGACACGGUGUUUGACUGCAGCCUUUCUGUCUGUCUGAGAAUUGGUCCCACUUUGCAGUGUACUUGUGUUCCACUGCCUCCAUGCCAGGCCCUGAAAAAUGUCUUUAGGGCAGUGCUUGCCAUGGCACAUGUGGUGCACACCCUGGUUUUUAUCCACAGUGGACAGAGUGUUCAUACUUUACAUAUCUGUCAAAACAAGAAUGGCUUUCAGCCACAGGUGCCAAUGUCAGUUUGCAAAGAGCAGACCAUAAGCAACCGAAAACCUGGGAGCUGCUUUGACUGUAUAACAUGUCCUCUUGGAGAAAUAAGUAAGAAAAGAGAUACAAGUGGAUAUAGCUCAUGCGUAUUGGAAAACAGGUUUACUGAAGAUGGCAAUCACAGCAUCUUUUCUCAGAGGAUUUUGGGAUACCUGCCUGCUGUGUUUUUCAUUCUUGGAGUUUGCUUUACAACAACAGUAGCAAUCAUUAUCUUUUGGUACAGGCACAAUGCUAUCACAAGGGCAAACAACUCAGAGCUGAGUUUCCUGCUGCUCUUUUCAUUGAAACUGUGUUUCCUUUGCUCUCUUACCUUCAUUGGCCGGCCCUCUGAGUGGUCCUGUAUGCUGCGCCACACUGCGUUUGGGAUCACCUUUGUCCUCUGCAUCUCAACAUGA